AUUCCAUUCGACCUUGAACCUGACCCUAAAGGCCAUAGGGACUUUUCACUGGCAUACCAUUGGAUGCUCGUAGUUUUAUAAAUAGUUUUACCUACAAGUCGCAUUCCCAAUGUCUGACGACGUAAUGGUUUCUAAAGUUAUUCUACAGGAACAGCGUGGAAAUUUUUUACUAUCUGAUGUAAAGGAAGAACCACGUGAUUCCAUCCCAACCCCGUCAACUUGUUCUGACAAUUCACAUAUUCCAAUCACUACAGCUGUUCAUGAGGUCACCCAACCAACCAAUCAAAUUCAGCUGGGAGCUACAUUUAGUUACAUAUCCCCACCACCUUAUUUCUCAACAGCUGAACGUUUAAAUAUUCCAGGAACACAUCCUCUUACUUGGCCAAAUAUUUACCAACAACAGAUCUCUGGAACAUCCAAUGAACCUUUAAUGUUGCAUAAUGUAUCGACUUUGCAAAAUUGUUCUCCUACCAUUACUACCGUCAGUACUUUAACUCCUGUUCUUUUGUCUGGCGUAUUUCCUUCAUAUCCACCACAACAGUUCCAUCAAAAUCAAACAUUACCUAAUCCCAUACACAUUCAAAACUCUUCAUCUAGUGCACUUGUAAGCACUCGUCUUCAUUUUCCUUUGAACGAGACCAUUAAUUCGUCAUCUAUAGGUAACAAUGCGUUUUAUGGAUUUUUACCUGGCAGCGGGAAUCCUUCGAUAUUACAAUCAUCUGGACCAACAGUUUGCAAUGCAUUUAACCAUAACCCUGUUCAUCCAUUGUAUCAUAAUAACAAAUAUCUCCUAGCUCCUCAGCAUUCACCAACAAUUUCAACUUCAACUGUCUCAACAUCAAGUUAUCUACCAUCUAACCUACCAAUUCAUAUUCAACCAUCAAUGAUAACACUAAACCCAACUAUUGAAUCAACUGAUGACAUUAGCAGAAUAAUCUCUAACUCCUUCAACGUCGAAAACCGCACUCAUGGAAAUGAUAAUAAUAAUAACAAUAAUAAUAAUAAUAAUAAUAUUGUUUCACAAACAGUUAUUCAUCCUAACGUUGGUAGCUCUUGUACAAGUCAUCUUUCAAAUAAGAAUUCUAUUCCUAGGGAACUUGCUCAUUCAUCAUAUGAAUCAUCGCAUCAACAUUCUCUUAUUAAAUCGACAAUACGUAAGAGUAGUUCUACAGAACCUGUCAGUAAUAUCAAUAAAAUACAGUCAAUUUCAUCAGGAGCAGCAGCAACAACAGUACAGACAGUCUCAACGACAACUGGUGUUCCUGUUUUAGACAAACAAAUUCAUGUUAAAGUAUGUUCUACCUCUGCUACAACUAUGACUACUACUAGCUCUACCGCUCCCAUUAUUGACAAUAAUUUUGAUCCAAUAAUUGAAAGUGCUUUCGAUGGAGUUCUAUGGGGUCGUAUAUAUCGUCGUGCAGAUGGUGAUUUAAUGCUUCCUGGAUUAGGUACACUUUGUACAUUUAAAAGUUCAAAUUCAGUGUUAAGACAAAUCUGUCAAAUGACUAAAACAGACGAUAGUCUUGCAUUACAACUAUCACCAUCUAGAGUUCAAAGCGAAAUUGAAAAAAUUCAUCUGUCAACUUCACCAUUGAAUCUAUCAUCAAAAAAAGGUCUUCAUAUUUGUCUUUGUUGCCGAUUAACAUUUACCAGUAAUUCUGUAUAUGAAUGUCAUUUGAAUCGUUCAAUAGCCCAUGUGUAUUAUCGAUGUCACAUUUGCAUACAGUUGAAUAGUAAUAAUAAUGUGUCUACAACCAAUGCAAAUAGUGUAAAUUCCAUGUUACUUCCCAACGUAACAACUGGUACAGAUUCUAGUAUUGCAACGACAACGACAACGACUACUAAUACUGCUAUUAACAACAAGAAUAAAAAAAUUACCAACCAUAAAAAUGUUACUGAUUUUCAAUUUUAUUCAAUUCUACCUGGUUAUAUCAUAAAAGCGAACAAUCAUUGCGCUAUAUUCAGUCAUUUCACAUCGGCUCAUCCUAAUCAAAUGGGUUUAUGGACAUUGGAACCAUCAUUGCUUACUAUGUACUCUUUAAGAGGAUCUAUCACAAGUGCAGAUUUAAAAAAUUCAUCACUUUCAGAUUUAUUAUCAAAUGCUCCAAAAGAGAAGAUAUUAAAUCAACUUUCAAAUCAGUCUGACAGAUUUCCAUCUGAUCCAUUCUCUAAUCAUAUAUGUCUAUCAGGAAUUCUCAGUGAUCUUCAUCAAAGUCUCAACAAUAUAUCUGGCCUAGAUAAUUUUGACUUGCUUCAUCCAUCAUUGUCAACAUCACUGAAUAUUAAUAACAAGAAUAGUUAUGAUUAUAAUUCAUUGUCAGAUUCUCCUAUCAUCAGUACAAGUGAUUAUGAUGAUAAUAUUAUCAUUGAAAAGUUCUAUUCCUUACAACGUAUUUACAAACCGAUAGUAAUUCAUUGUCAAAAACAAAUAACCAAUGAAACUACCACUGACAACAAUAUUCAUCAUCGUCAAUUGCAUUAUGACUUGCAUCUACCGAAGUUGCCUAGUUCCGACAGUUUAUUAUUUCGUAUUAUUCUUAGUCUGGCCAAUUCUGAUAUUUGGCAAAGUCAUCUAUUCUUAUCGAAUUGGUGUGAUAAUAAUAGUAAUAAUUCAAAUAAGUCGUCAUCGAAUGAAAGUGGAGGUGUUGACAAGUGGAGUACUUUUAUGUGUUGCUAUGCUGCUAAUAAUAAGAAGAAUAACUCUUCAGAUAUUUUAUUCAGUAUCGAUGACGAUGAUGAUGAUGAUUACGGUGAUGAUGACGAUGAUGGUGAUGAUGAGGACCGUAGUCGUGAUUAUGGACGUGAUUUUCACAGUAAUAUUAAUUCUAAUAGUAGCGACAAAAGUGUCAUUGAUAGGAAUUUUCAGAGCAGAAUAUUAACGAAGCCAUUGCCUUUACCAAAACUGUGUGAUACUUGUCUACCACCUUCCGCUCCAUCAAUUACAUAUUUGAAUCAGGCUCUGGGUUCAUUGAUUUCUUCCAAAUAUGAUGAUCAUCAUGCUUCAAUGUGUUCUACAAAUACAACAGUCAGCCGAACGUCUGAUAAUAUAUGCAAACCGAAAUCAAUGAUAUCCAAUUCGGAUCAAAAGUUUGGGAUAUUACGUUGUUUAAUUUGUAAAUUUCGAACGAAUAAUCAUAAAUCACUUAUUGAACAUCUUAUCGGUAGUCCACCAUUAAAUCAUACAAAAUGUGGUCUAUGCGGCCAAUUGUUAUUUGCUAAUCAACCAUCACUUUGUUCAGUUAAAGCGCAUCUACUCUUACAUUUAGGCUGUUUUUUAAUGUGCCCUCAAUGUGGAUUUACGCCUCCAUUACAUUUGCCGCCAGACUGUGCAGAAUUAUGUUUACGUGUUCAUCUGCGUUUUGUUUGUUAUCAUUUCAAUUUGAAAGAAAUAUUUCGAUGUAAUUAUUGUGAUGGGGAUGGUAAAGCUUAUCCUACUUAUGAUAACUUGUGUCACCAUCAUUUGGGACAUCAUGUAAAGCGAAUAUAUUCAUGUUUAUGGUGUGUACAACAAACACGUAGUAAUAAUUCUGAGAGUCAUAAUACUAAAAAUACAAAUUAUACUAGUACCAAAGCUUUUCAGAUAUCAGAGACAACAGGUGAUAAUGCCUCAAUUCCAGUUCAUGACGUCCUAAAAAGAAAACUCACAUCUGCAGCCAACCAUACGGCUGCUAUUCAUAUGAAUAAAGAAAAUAUCAAAUUGACAUGUUCCACGACUACAUCCCAUACAAAUUCACGUUCUAAUUCCUCUCAUGGUUUGGUCAAUAGUUCAAUUCUUAAUAAGACUCAAAAUAUUUUUCGUUCCAAUUCCAUCCAAGAAUUUUUAUGUCAUUUCAAAAAUGUUCAUUGGUCUUCUAUAGUUCCCAGUGCUAUCGAAAAAACUAAUAAAUGCGGUGCUGUCCAACAUGAAAUUGAACAAUCAUCAGAUAACAUCUUAACUAUUGAUGUUCCAGAGUCGCCACCACCACGUUCUCUUCAUCCCGCUGUCGUUGUUGUAGGUAAUAAACAAACAUCUUCAGUCAAUAAUGAUGUUCGUAAAAUUGGUAAUUGUGUUGGUAAUGAUGGUGUUACUUCUUCAGAUCCACAGAAAUCAUCCAAAUACUCGGAUGUUAUACAAAUGAUAGAUGAAUUACAAAAGACUCACACUAAUGACAAUAAUAAAAAUGUUAAAAAUAAGUUAUCUAUGAAUUUAGCUCCAAAGGUUGAUUAUGGUAUAGAACUUCAAUGCAUUGAAUGCUCUAAAGAAUUUAGUACGAGAGAACACUAUAUGGAACAUUUUCAAAAAGAACAUGCAUCAAAAUGUAAUCGUGAAUGCUUUUAUCGUUGUUUUGGUGCAUGUAAACGUCUUCUACCAAAUAUUCAUGAUUUUCGUGAACAUUUAACUGAAUGUCGUCAUGCGCAAUCUAUAUUUUAUUCAACAUUUGGUCAUUUCUAUAACAAAGAUAAAGCAUUUGAUUUGUUCAAUGUUAAUUCAUUGCCAAUAAAUGUAGAGAACAAUAAUAAUAAUAAUAAGCAGCAUACAAUUGAUGAACGCCAAGAACAAUUAAAUGUAAAUAAUACUGAUCGAAUAUAUUCAAGAAACGUGCAUAAAAUUAAUAAACAUAAUAUUGAUGAUAAUAGUAAUACUAUACAGGGUUGUAAAUUAUGUUUCUGUGCUUAUUGUGGAAUUGGUUCACAAAAAAAAUCUAUGGUGAAUUCUUCGUCUAUAAAUUUACCAGAUCCAGUGUUACCUAGUUUAGAAUCCUGUACAUCAGAUGACGGUAAUUCUAUCCCAAAUAUCAGUAACAUUACAACGAACACCACAAGUAACAAUAAUGAUGAUAAUAGUAAUAGCCAAUUGAAUAAUGGUGUUAACGUUGUCCUACAAUCACAGUUUUCAGUAGAUAGUUUCAGCACUGGUUAUUUAUCGGAAGAUGAUCAUACUGGAUUUGACACAACUAAACAACCAAUGCAUAACAACACAAUUAAUAAUCAUAAUACUAAUAUCCAGCGAUAUAAUCUUUACACACCAAAAUAUUUUUCUGAUUUAAUUAACUUACAUAUUCAUGAGAAUAGUUGUCAUUAUUCAAGACGAAAUAAAUUAAUUGCAUGUCCAUGGUGUCAUAUACGUAUGACUUGUAGAAAAAAGGAUAAAACUCGUGCUACCCAUAUGCAUUUAUUCUCACAUCUUCAUGAACAUUGUAUGGCUACUUGGUGUCUUGAACGUAUGCGUAAGUGGAAUGAGAAUGCCAAAGUCCUGCCAAAUUGUGUAUGUGGAUUGGCUUUGCUCGAUUCUCCACAGGCUAUUUUAUCACAUGCCGGAGUUCACUUAUUAUAUACAAACAAAUACGGUUCUUCAAAUAUUAUCCCAAAUUCCCUACAACAUCGUUCAUACAAACACUCGUUGUCAUCAUCACCAUUAAAAUCCCAACUAAAUUCUUCUGAAGAAUGUUUAUUACCCAAACCUAGUGAUCAUAUUCCCUGUCCCAUAAAAAUCUAUCGACAUUUACGAUUCGGUGUUUCCGCGAAAUUCGAUACCCAUCUUUCCGAGUUUAGUCAUCGAAGUUCAUAUUUCACAUGUCCUGUGUGUAUGACUAAGCUAAAUACUCGUUGGGCUUUAACACAGCAUGCUUUUUCUGAGCAUUGGGGCACUCUUUGUUAUAUUUGUUGUAUUUAUACUGUUGAACCGAUUGAAGAAAAUUCCUCAGCAGAGAGAAAUAAUCAUAAUACAAACCCUCCAAAUCUAUCUACUAUAUCCUCGUCCUCCUCCUGUCCGUCGUCGUCAUCACCAUCAACUGUAGCAUCAGUAGCAACAUUUGACAGAAGUAAUCGAAACGAUAAAUUAAAAUCGGAUUUAUCCACUGCAACAUUAUGGGAUCAUAUAUUUCUUUGUAUGAAUAAACGUCUUGAAUUGUUGACCACUUGUCAUCACACCACACCUACAUCAUCAUCAUCAUCAUUAAUAGGAUCAAGGAAUGAUCAAAAUAAUUCUGAAUGUUCAUUGGAAGAAAUUCAAUCAAAUUUUGAGAAAGAAAAUGAUGAUUUAUCAGUACCCAAUACUACAAUUGUUAUUGAUAGUUCACCAGAAAGUUGUGAUCAUGGUAAAUUAGUUUCUUCACAGCAAAACAAUUGGAGUUCGUGUUCUGGAGUUGUUAAUACUUUUUCAUCUUCUAUCAGUACUAAUAUCACUAGUGCCAUUACUACUUCUAAUACAAUGCUUAGUAAUCCUCCUAUUUUUGUUGUCUCAGUUGAUAAUUCUGUUAGUUCAUCAAUUACAACUGCAACAUCUUCAUUCAUGCCAUCGACUGAUAAUUCUGACAAAUAUGUACAUAAAAUUUUCAAUAAAAAAUCAUUGGAAAUAAAAAAUACAUAUCGUAAACGUUCCCUUCAAGUAAAUAAUACUUAUGAUCAUGUUGAUGAUGAUGAUGAUAAUAAUAAUAAUAAUGAUCGGGAUUAUGUUGGGGAAGAGAAUGUUAUUAGUGAUUAUGUUACAAAUACUGACCAUAGUAUAAAAUCAAAAAAUCACAUCGCAAACAACUGUAAAUUGGUGAUUAAAUCGAAAUCAUCAGGAUUGAAUACUAUACCACAGUCCACGUCUGAUAUUUCUAAAAAACGACGUCGUAUCUCAAAAGAUUUAGAUGAUCAUACAAAGAACCAUGAUGCUUGUCAUGAUGAAAUGGUAAAGAACAAUUUAACUACUUGUAGUAGUGGUAGUACUAUUAGUAGUGCUCCCACUACUCACAACAUUACUACUACUAGUAGUAGUAUGAAUUAUUCUACCUUUUCUGGUAAUUAUUUACACAAUUCCGAUUUAGAUGAACAAGAAUGCUCAACUAUUUGUCCUGAUGAUAACGUUAAUACAGAAAAAAUUUGUGUAAUUUGCGGUAAAAAACAAACAGCUGAUACAUGGGAAGAACAUUGUCUAUCUCAUCGAAAUCCUAAAAUGGCAUGGGACGGUGUUCGAAUCUCUCAACCAAAUCGACCAGCUUUCUGUGAAGUUAGACCUAUUAAAGUCUAUAGAUGUUACAUUUGUUAUAGACGAUUUACUAUUCGAUCUUCAUGUUUUCGUCAUAUGACCACUGUGCAUCGUUUAAAAAAGUCGCAGUUAGAUGCAAAUCUUUUAACUGAAUUAUCUAGUCGUAAGUUUAACUUUUAUUGUAUUAUGUUUCCUAUUUUAUCAGAAUUAUUACAGUGAUUGUUUUAAGAUCUAAUUGACGAGUCUUAAAUAGGACGAAACACGCGUCCUGGAUUUCACUGCUAGGCAUCAUGUUAUCUUUGCGUAUAUCUCAUCCAAUGUUUCCAAUCAUUGAUCAUGUUCAUCGAUUGUAUUCGAACUAUUCAUCAGUUAGAGUUGAAUGUACUUAGCUUCAAGUGUGUCAAAAAUUAAGCAAAUUCAAAACGAACAAAUUGUCCUGAAUUGAAUAAAUUAAGUUCAGAAUUGGGAAAUUGUUCACUUAGUUUAUCAAAUUACAUCAAUAAUAGUAAAAGUCAUAUUUCACUGAAGAAACCUGUUAAUAUUACUAGUACUACUACUAAUAGUAGUAGUAUCACCACUACUACUACUUCUCCAUUGAAGCAUCAUUCAAUUUAUAAUAAUAUAUCGAAUACUGUUGAUUCUAAAAACAAUAAAAAUAGAUCACUAGUGAAUAGUAGUAUGUCAAAAUCGAAAUAUUAUUGUUCUAUAUGUCAUGUAUCAUUUAUUUCUAAUGAAAGUUUAUCCAGACAUUGUAUGUCAGCUCAUGGACAACAACGUAAACAGAGAGUAUAGAAUAUCUAUUUUUGUUUGUUUGUUUUAUUUUAUAAUAAAUUCUAUAAUUUUUUAACUGCAUAUUCAACAUUACACUAUAACAUGUACAUAGUUUACACAUCAUUAUACACAGAUAGAUGAUAGAUGCACAUUUUAUUUUAUUCCUUUUUUUUCGUAUUUUAUAUCUCGUUUACUGUUUUUCUUUUCUCUUGAGAAAAACGGGAUUUGUACAGAUAGAUGUAAGUGUGUGAGUGUGUAUGUAUGGUAGUAGUGUUCCUUCUCUUUUUUUUUUACUUCUUCUCUUUCGUUGUUCUCAUUUCCUUGUAAUUAUUAGUGCUUGUUUUUCUUCUAGAUUGUGCUUCUCUAUUUUCUUUACAUCUGUUCUCACAUCACAUAUCAAUAAAACACAAUACCGUUAACAAAUCAUGUAUGAAAUACAUGUCAACUAUUCGUUGUGUAUGUUCUCCCCCCUCCCCUUCUGUUCCAUAAUGUUCUCAUUUUCUGUUUAUUUAUUUAGUAAAAAGUGGAAGAAAAAGCCUGAUGUUAAAAAAAAAGAGAAGGGGUAAAUUCACAGUUAUUCUCUUUAUUGUUUUUUUUCUUUUUUAAAUUGAACUAUUUUGUUUAUUUUAUUUAUUUUAAAAAAGAAGAAGAAGAAAGUGUACAGUUUAUUGAAACACAGUUGAACGUUUAUGGUAUCUGGGUGUGUGUAUGUGUGUGUGCGUAUUGUCUGUUUGUUUGUUUGUUUGUUUAUUUAUUUGUUUUUAAAAGAAAGAAAUUAUCUUUAAUUAAAAGUAAACAAGUUUCACAUUCAACUGAAUAAUAAUCAUGAUAUUACUGUUGUUAUUUUUCUUUUGUUUAACAAUCGAAUAUGUUAGAAUUAUAGCGUGAUUUCUAGUCUGAUAACAUAAAUGUAUAGUUUUAUGUAAUGAAGGAGGAGGGUAGAAUAAAUUCUAUGCGACUAUUCAUAUCUACAUUUUCUGUUGUUUAUUUUAUAUCAAAUUAAAGAAAGUUAAAAUUCUAAUAUGUUUGUAUGUUUAAGUGAUACCUUCAAUGGUAGGAAUAAUUUAAUUAGCAGUUUAAACGAUAUGAAAAGAAUUAUUGAAUUCAAUUGAAUCACUACAAUUUUGUGUAUAUGAACGUUUCUGUGCUAGAAUUCAUGAGAUCAUAAGUAGACAAUGGUUCUUACUUGUACUCAACUGGUUAGCUACCAAAUUAAGCCGCUUUGCUUAUUCUGUAAUGAUAUUAGUUGAUUAAUUUAUAAUAUAAUCAAUUUGUCAACUUUUAAUCAAUAUAAAGUAAAUUAAUGAAAAGAAAUACUUGAAUUGAUAAAGAUCAUCUUGAAUUGAUUAUUAAUGACAUUAAAUGAAUCUUCAUCUUUUCUUCCUGAUGUUUCUUUAUUCUUGUUCAUAUUCGGUCACAUCUAGGAUCCAUCUCUUUUUUUUUUUGUUUUCUUGUUUUACAAUAACAAAUUGAUUUCUAUAAUAGUAAAUCUUUUGGUACACAUGAUUGAUGAAAACAAAUUCACCUUUGUAGUUAACCGUCAUACUCUUAUACUUUCAUUGAUUUUUCUUUCCUUAAAAUAUGAAUAUCAUUUUAGUUAUAUAAUUAGAAAGUUGAAUUUGCAUUAGGGUUUUUACUGAUUGAAACUGAAUAAUUUUCAUAGAAACUAUUGUUUAACUUAGAAUUAAUGAUCAUUAUUUCCACUACUACUAUUAUCAC